GCUGUAAAGUGAAAUCUUUAAUAAACCAAAUACGAUCUUCUUGCGCCGAUCUACAGUGCUGUAUUACGCAUUCUCGCGUAUUUUGAUCAAAUGUCAGAUUAUAUGUUUACAGUAAUGGUGGUCGUAUAAUGAUUCUGUGACUUAUUUUAUAGUUUCCCCAACAAGUGGUUGACCAAUUCGGGAAGGUUCAAGUGAUGGUGUCAUGUUAUCGAUGGACAGUGUGAAAUGAUCCGACAUUUGUGCGAAAUAUUACAUUUUGAAACAUCCGAAAGUGGAAACAUCUGAUAUUUAAAUGAAGAAACCACCUCGGUAUAAAAUCAUUCUGUUGGGACCUAGAGGAAGAUUCCAGGAAUACCUUUGUCGGAUGGCGCUGGUUUUAGGCGCCCGAUCUCAACGAUCUAUCUCAUGAGAUAUCAGGAAAAGGGUUGGACGGAUGUGCAACACUCAACUAAACUUGGUGUCUCUGAAUGUAAACCGUGAAAAUGACAGACGGUGUUGACAGGGAACGCCAGCGAGAGCGGGAGAAACAGAUGAGAGCCAGGAUGCAAGAAAAUCCGGCAGGUACACCACUGGUUAUUCCCCCCCUCUUUGGAAAUCCAGUUAAGGUUCCUCCAACGAAGAACGACCCAGUGGUGAAGAGCAUAAAUAGCAGACUUGGAGAAUAUGGGAAGGUCAAGCAUUUGUUCGAGGGGAAUAAGGGCUUGAUCGACCCCGGUUUCACUUCAAUGUAUGCAGUGCAACCGAGGCCGCAUAUGCCACCCCAUCAACCAGCAAACAGACCGCCUCCUGAUGCAGCUAGGCACGAGUUCAAGAAGCCUAACAACCACCACCCUGGCUUCCCAUUCAGGCCCGACAGGGCCGUUCCAAAUCAACACAGGCCGGUCGACGGCAGAACUCAAGAACGCGGCCCUUAUCAGGGCCACCAGGCUAGGCAGGGCAGUGGCAACAACUACCCCGCUUACAGACAGAACGGCAACGGCCAGUAUCAGCAGAUGAUGCAUAAUUCUGUGGCCGCGGGUCGUCCUAACCAAAAUCAGAUGUCCCGUCCAGCCGCCCCUGUACCGGACCGAAAAACUUUACCUCAUCAGACUCCAGCUCCCUCCAACUUCGAGGUGGACAGGGCUCUUGAGGAGAUGAUAAUGCUGAAAGCGCCAAUUUCAGCAAUUGCUGCCACACCAAGGACGGACAUGGACAACAACGGAUUGUUCUUCCAUCAGCCUACUGCAACGUUGUCAGAGAUGCCUCCGUCUAGAGAUUCUUCGAUUCCGAAACUAAAUGAGGAUCUUCCCGAUGAAACCAGUCACAAUGUCUCCGGGUCAUCAGCCGAUCUGAGGUCGCAAUUGGCCUUGUCCGACACCAGUGAGGACGACGAGGAAGACCAUCCCAUAAUGGAAAGGAUGCUGUCGCCCAUAGCCGCGACGCCGGCCGCGAAUCGCAUGGUAGACAUCCCCCACAUCCUGCCCAAGGCGAAGGAGACCGUCCAGGAGGACGAGGACCAAGACGACAGCUCUUCCAGCUCGUCCGACUCCGGAUCGGACAGCGAUUCCAGCAGCGACGACUCGGACAACGAGAAGGAAGAACCUGCGGUAGAAGUGCAGGCGCCGAUACCCGCGACGACGGUGCAAAGGGUCAAGUCGCCGACGCCGUCUUUCGAGACCGACAACGAGGAGCAGAAGAAAAGAUGGAACCUGGCCAGCUACAUAGAUCCGGGCAGCAAGGACUCGGUGGUCGCUCCGCUAUCCCCCAUUGAAAAAACCCCGUACGUUCCGGCCAAAUCAGCGAAACACAAGAACGCGAUACCAGCGUCGUCCAGCGUGUCUUCGGACAGUAGCGACGGCAGAAUCGCGCAGAAAGACUCUAACAAAAUAGUUACCAGACACUCGGACGAUAGUAGUGAUAGUGAUGAAGACGAUAGGACACGGGUCAGUGAUAAACAGCAAGCGAAACGGACUAUGGCAACUAUUUACAGUGACUCCGAUUCGGACUUCGACAUUAAAAAAAUCAAACAACCCCCCGCGACGAACAAAAACAGUGCUCCGACGGACGCGGUGAAACCGAAGAGUAACAGGGGACGGCCGCGUAAGAUCAAACCCGAAGACGAGCAGGUCGGCGAAGUGAAGGUGAAAAAACGCGGCAGGCCGAAAUUGCCCAAGAACGAGCUCAAGGGCAAACAGAGGACUUCCAGUGUGUCAGACGCGGACGGGCAAGUGAAAAAACGCGGUAGGCCCAAGAAGAAGAGGAGCACGAGCUCCGACGACGAGAUCAAAACCAAAAAAUCAAAAGCGUGCUUGUCGUCCGACGACGAAUCCGACACGUGCAAGACCAAAACCGACAAAUCGACGAGGGACAAACAGAACGCGACGGCGUCCAGGAAGAAACCGGCGAAGAAGGCGUUCAAGAACGCGAAAAGUUCGGAGACGGUGCCCACUUCCAGCGACAGCGAUUCGGACGACGAAAAACCGAAACUGUCGUCCGACAGCGAGCUCAGCGACUCCGCUACCAAGUCCAAGAAAUCCAACGGUUGUACGAAGAUAGAAGAGAAAGAUAAGGAUCGCGUACAAGAUAAAAACAAGAGCGAUUUCUUGAGGAAACUCUACACCCCGAAAAGAGACUCUGAAGGCGGUAAAGGAGGCGGCAAAGGGGGCGGUAAAGGUGGCAAAGGCAAGGGCGGCGUCACCGUCAUCAUAACCGAAGACUACGAGAGGUUCAUAUCGGAGGACAAUCUCUUCACCUCGAACACCGUAACGUCGAAAAACGACGCUAAACCCGAAUCUGCGAAAUCGGCCACGACACCUGUAAAGACUGCCUCACCACCUGCGAAACCUACGCAGUCACCUGUCAAAAACGUGCCGCAAACGCCCGAGAAAAAAUCCGUACCUUACGAUAAGGAUGUGUUCAGAAUGAAGAUCAACAUGCAGGAACUGAACGCCAAACAGAUGAAUUGUAAGGAAAAAAUCGAGGAUGUUAAACCCCAGCCACAAGAAAAGGAAAAAGAGAAAGAAAGAGAAAAACAUAAGAGUUCCAACGAAAAAUCUAAAAACGCAGAUCCCGAACAGAAGACUUCCAAGAAAAAAGAACACAAAUCUAAAGAUAAGGAUCGUAAAAACAAAGAAAAAGACCACAGUCUUAAAAAGGAUGGCAAAUCGAUCCCCGAGGAACCUAAGAAGAAGGAUGAAAAUGUAAAAUCCAAAGAUGGACAUCACAAAACGAAAAAAGAACACAAAAUCAAAAGCGAAAAUCACAAAAUGAAAGAGGAAAAUCGCAAAAUCAAACAAGACGAAUGCAAAAUAAAAGAACAGAAACCGAAAGAUGAUCACAAGACGAAAGAGGAGGAUCAUAAGACUAAGGAUGAAGUUAGGAAAAUGAAAGACGAAGAGUGCAAACCCAAAGAAGAGAAUCUCAGGCCGAAGGAGAAAGAGCACAAGGACAAAAAAUCAAAGGAGAAGCGCCACAAAGAUAAAGAACACAAAUCAAAAGAUAAAAGUUCCAAGCAUGGCAAGGAACCUAAGGACGAAACAAAACAAAAAUCUAAGAAAAGGAAAAGAGACCAUAGUCACAGUUCUUCACGUUCGGUCGUGAGUGAGCAUUCUUCAAAAGUCAAAACCGAUGAGUCACCUUCGAAAAAGAAAAAAGGGGAAAACGACAAAUCAAGUACAGUUAAUAACACCAACUUGCCACAAACCAAUAACGAAAGGAAUCCUGGCGAUGUAAAAGUAACAAAUCCUGAAGACUCAAAAUCCUCGAAAAAAGAAUCAACCAAAAAAGAACAAACUAAUCAAGAAAAACCUGCUCACGUCGAAGAUCAAAGACCAUCAUCUAAAACGAACCAGCAUAAAAUAACUUACAGCAACGAUCAAAAAGCCUCGACGAGCGGCGAUAACUCAAAUCAAAAAAUUGUGGCUUUUUCGUAUUUCGAAAGGUUUGAGGAACCGGCAGAAUUUGAUAGCAGGGAUCAUAACCAAUAUUUGGUUGAGGCCAAAAGACUGAAACAUUUGGCAGAUACGGUGUCCGAUCCUUUUAAACAAUGCCUCUUGUACAUGGAUGCUGUACUUUACUUCCUGCUGACUGGGGAUGCCAUGGAAAAUGAGAGGAGUACAGAGGCGGCAGCGUUCACUAUGUUCAGGGACACGCUCUCCCUGAUUAAAUACAUUUCGGGGAGAUACAAGCAACAUAUGUACUCCCAGAUGUUUACCACCCUGGCCGUCUUGAACUACCGAUGCCAGUCAAGACUAUACUACAAACUCCUCGAAAUAAAACGGAGAGAAAAUAGGGAAUAUCAAAAAACUAUUGCGGACUUUUGUAAUAAGAGUGCUGCUACCACCACUGAACAUCCUCCAAACCAGAGCGGGGCCCAGCCAAAUGCUGCAUCACCAGUGUCGCCAUCAGGUUCUGUGGGGUCGAUAGGAAGCCAUUCUUCUUCUGGCUACAGCAGUAGUGACCUUCCUAACCGAAACCAAGGAAUCUGGAUGCCCGUUGCUGUGCACAAUGCGGUGGCCAUCCAAAACCAGCAUUUCACAUACUUACUCAGCUAUAUGGACCUCUGGGAAGCAGCAGAUAACUUAGUACAAAAUGCAGGUCUUACUGAAUUCUUCAUCCAGUUAGAUAGGACCUGCAGACCUUUGACGAUACAUAGCACAAUUCGGCAUUUGGUGUCUUAUUGCAAGAGGGGAAUAGUACUAGUCCAAAGGGAAAUGCAAGAAAACACAUAAGAGAACCUUCGAUAUAGGACUAAAUCUAAGAAGCCAAAGAAAAUAUCUGUCAAUUCUUUUGGUCGAUGGAUCAAAUCAACAAUGCUGAACUAGAAGAAAUUCUAUAUUAGUUUGACUGUGGGCGAUAGUGAGGAAAUUAUAUUCCUAAAACACUUGACUGUUUAACUGCAAGAUAUAACUGCAGUUAACCCGUUGACUUUGAAUAUUCUGUACAUAAUAUUUUUACACAAGUAGGAAAUUUCGAGUAAAUAGUGUAUAUUAUUGUAAAUAGUGUAAUUUUAAAGUUAUAUAAAUAUAUAUAUUAUAAACAAUUGCUAUAUUUGUACAUGCUGAAAUAGUGGCCUAGUGAAUCAAACUCACAACUUACGUUGUGCAAGAAUAUAUUAUAAGAAGUCAUGAUUGUUAUUUUUGCAUAUAUUCUAGUUAUGUGUGUACAUCUAUGUAUAUCUUGUAUAUUUUAUAAAUUUUAAAUUAUUGAAUUUUUAUCUUAAGUGUUUUCCAACUAUGGCCAUUUUCAAUAUAAAAAAUUUUCAUAAUUAUUAUUGUUUUUUUUUGAGUUGAUCAAUGUAUUAUCUUCUAUCUAUUUUCAUAAGAGAGGAAUUGUUAGUUAUUUCACAAUCAAAUAUUAUUUGCAAUAUGAAAUGUAUCAGAGGGAGGAGAUAUGAAUUCUUUUAAUUUUUCAGGUGAUACAAUAAUAUAUCACAAUCAUUAUUCAGAGUAAUGGAACAAUAAAGUUCGUCAUAAAUUUAAAACAAUUCAAGUUUUCUCCUUGUCAAAUACUACCCUGUCUUUAUUAAAAAAUUGGUGCAUAUGAGUUCAUCGAGUAAAAUUUCAAUACAUUCUUUAGAAGUCGAUAUUCAUGUACAGAUUGAAUUUUUUCACAAAGGAUAUUAUAUCGAAAAGUACAUAUCAUUUCAUGCAGCAUUUUCUUCAACUCAAUCAAGCUAAAAUAACCUUUAUUACUUUUAUACUAUUUGAAAUUACGAAACAAAUGAUAGACUGAACAUAACUUCGAUACAAAAAGAAUGGUAUUUUUUAAAUUCACUGUAAAACUAUAUGGUACUCAAAUAACCAGCAUAAACCUGAAUUUUCAUUACAUUUUUCCAGAUUGACCUUCAGUCACUUAGAGAAUUCAAUUUUCACUCUGAUAGAAACGAAUAUCGACUGUACUCUUAUACUUUUUGGGUAUAGAGGCCCAAUACCUCAGUAAAAUUUUGCUCGAUGUGAUAAAAGUUUGGGUACAAUUUGAGCAAAAUAAUUUUUGGUGCUAUUUUGUUACUCGAAAUAAUUAUUCUUUAAUUAAAAAUGAAAUUUCAAAUAGAGCGAUGGGACCAUAACAAAGCCAGAUGGACAGUAAUGAAAUUUGUAUUCUCUACACAAGAAUUUCUUGAAGUAUUUUAAAAAUGUAUCUAUUGUAUUAUAAACAAAAUUAUUCAGUCAAAGUGUUCACUUCUUUUCUAGAUGAAAUUUCUAAUUGAAAAUUUGUUUUGUUUUCUCCAUGGAUUCGAUAUUGUUCCAAUUUUUUAUUGUUUCAAAAUUCACUAUUUCCUCAAUGCUCUCUAAAAAAUUUGCUGAUUUCAGAUGAAGUAGUACCUAUGAAAUAAGUGCCUGUUCUUAUUUGUUGCAGAAACGAAUCGUGAAAUGAUCAUCAUUUCGUAGAAUGAUCAAGAAAAUGAACAUAAGCAGAAAUUUCGACUGACAUAAUGUUGUUUGUUUUUGUUUGAAAUAUAUUAAUUUAAUUUA